CCGACGAUGCAGCUUCCUGCUACUCCUAAAAGCAGCGAGUAUCCCCCCUGUGUAAGGCACAAACAAACAAACAAGGUAGAAGAUGGCUGAUUUUUGUGCAAGAAAGGAGGUCUUUUCGUGGACUGAUGAUGAGGUAGAACUUCUACUUAGGGUCACAUUAGAAUACAAAACGACCAAAUUACAGGAGAAUGUUGACUGGGAGUCCAGCAAGAUGAAGUAUAGCGACAUAGAGGAGUUAUUUCAGGCGCAGUAUCCGGCGAGGACCGACACAGAGAAGGAUUUCCCUCACGGCGUGGGCGCCAUUACAAAGUCCCAGCUUGCCGCCAAGCUAAAACAAAUCCGCAUGAAGUACAGACUUGCGGUGGGCACUAAGCGUCGGAGUGGCCAAGGACGUGUUGUGCUCGUGUUUUUUGAGCUGUGUGAAGAGGUCUGGGGUGGCUCGCCUGCUACGCGCACCCUUAGCUCGGGCAUCGAGGCGGGGGACCUGGAAGGGUCGUCUUCCGGACUAAGUUCACCCCCGAGUUUGGAGCGUUCCAAUGAUUCGCCACAGCCAGAGUCGAGCGAAUCCAGCGGAAGUCUGCCAGCUGCUGCGGUUGUACAGCAUCGCAGGGAUCUGAUCCAGGCAAAGCUGAACAGCCACAGAAGUGACCGCCUGAAGAGAAAACUUCCAGCUGACCAUGCAGUGCAGGAAGACAUCAAACUAAAAAAGAGGAUGUUGGAGCUAAUGGAGCAAACAUCCAUCCGCAACGCAGACAGCAUGCAGCAGAUGAAUACCACCAUGGACAGCAUUAACAGCACUAUUCAGGAUGGCUUUUCCCUGAUAAGGGAAUUAAUUAAUGCACACCCCCACAGUAACAGCGGUGGACAUGGACAAUUCCAGGAGCACUCGCCACCAUGCAUGCAUGGAAGGCCACACCCGGCUACACUGCCCUACACACCAAGUAGGUUAUUGAAAUGCAAAUGUAGGUUAUUUAAAUAGCUAUGAGAGGGACUUGUUAUGUCAACCAAUCAGCUAUAUCUCCUUCAUCAUUUAAAAAAGAGUGAGAUUGAACCCAUAAGAGGGUUUCCCAUGACCUUCUGAGUAAUACAUUCCAAAAACCUUCAGAAAAAGCGUAUAGUCAUCGCUAACUUCUUGGUAAGAAACCCAGUGACUCACGGGGCACUUCCAGCUUCACACCUGCAGAAACACUUCUACCCUCCUUCUGUUUCAUGGUGUUUGCCACAGUCUGGUGAUACCUCUCCAGACCAGCAGGUAGAGUGCUUUCCUCACUGUAGCACUGAUGCAGUAAAUACAAGAGUAAUCUCCCUGACUUGCAACUUCUGCUGCUGACAGUGGCCUUCUGCAAGCUGAGCUCAAAAUCAUAGGUUACUUUAAAAGGACAGAAAAGUACAGGCUGCAGCUUUCUGGGGUGAGAGAAAAAAAGAAACAUACUUUUGCAGAUGAACGUCACACAACAGUACUAGCCCACAGAGCGGCAGGCUGACUUCAACUUGAGGUAGAACAGGAAAUGUCAGCAGAAAUGAGAAGCAGCAGAGGGUAGCGUGCCAAAAUCAAACCACAGGGCACAGCUAACCUUUUCACCUCUCAAGGGAAGUGACUAUUGGCCUCAUUUGUGAUUACCCUUAUCUUUCUCUGUAAUCUUGUUCCACCAAAUUAUUACUUGCGAGUAUCUGAUGUAAAAUCUUCCUUUUUGCUAACUUCCAAUGUAGAACUUGUUUGUUAAUAUGUCUCUGUGUGUUACACUAAGGUCAUAUUUUCUGUUUAUACAUUCUGUCAGUUUUGAUCAUAUUGUAACCAUUUGCCCAACAAUUCUCUGAUUAAUGAUAAAAUUGACUUUCUUGACACAAAAAAACUUGAAUGACCUGUUGCAUUUGUACCUUUUUCAAUAUAUGUUUCAGUGGAUGCAUUUCAUGUUAUUGGUAAUCUCCCAAGUCCAAACUUGAGUUUCUUCUCUUGUCUUGCACCACAUUCUAUAAUCGUUAAGAUGGAAUAAAGAGAUCCUUCAAAUAUGAG